ACUCGUCCAACAACGCUGGUUAUUCGAUUUGCGCGUCACUUCCAGGUAACAAAUUAUAUAAGAUGGCGCGUCCAGCCAACUUAGUAGCACCUGGGCCUUCAAUCCUUCGUGUUCAUCUCAUUUUCUUAUUUUCUAUGAGCAUACUCAGCUUGCAACCUGAGAUUUAUCUCAGUUACAGAAUGGGAAAUGAGACUGAUCGUAUUUCACUUUUGGAGUUCAAAGCCAAGAUAGCCCAUCCACAUGGAAUUUUGAGCUCAUGGAACGAUUCUGUCCACUUCUGCAAAUGGCAAGGGGUUACUUGUGGUUCGAAACACCGUAGAGUUACGUCUCUAAACCUGCACGGGCUGAGCUUGUCAGGGACCAUAUCUCCAUAUACAGGGAACCUCACCUUCUUAAGGUUCCUCAACCUUGCUGACAACAGAUUUCAUGGGGAAAUUCCCCAAGAAGUUGGCCGUCUUUUUCGUCUAAGGUAUCUCAACCUGUCGGACAACACAUUGGGAAGAGAAAUUCCAAUCAACAUCACCUUUUGUUCAGAGCUCAGGAUUAUGAGUUUGGCCUUUAAUGGCUUAGUGGGGAAAAUUCCUGCCGAGCUAGGGUCUUCAAAGAAGCUUGUGACACUUUUCCUCACUUCAAACAACCUCACGGGAAAGAUCCCACAUACUGUUGGAAACCUUUCGUCCCUUCAACGUUUCUCUGUAUCAUUUAAUCAUAUAGAAGGAAAUAUUCCAAAUGAAUUGGGGCAAAUAACAAGCUUAAUCGUGCUCGCGAUGGGACCCAAUAAUCUGGUUCGUUCAAUUCCUUCUAACCUCUACAAUAUCUCAUCCAUCGCUGAGCUCUCUGUUCCACAGAAUCAAUUGCAUGGAAGGCUCCCAGCAAAUAUAGGGCUUACUCUUCCUAACUUGCAAAUUUUUGAAAUCGGCGGAAACGAUUUCCAUGGAAGCAUUCCAAUUUCGUUGACAAAUGCUUCUAUGCAGCUUGAAAUACUUGACAUCUCUUACGUUUCAGAGGACAAGUACCAAUAUCUGGGAGAUUUGAACGGUCUCCAAUUUCUGAACUUGGAACACAAUUUUCUGGGCAAUAAUUCAGGUAAGGAUUUGGCUUUCUUUACAUCUUUGUCAAACUGCAGCAAUCUCGAAAAUCUAUAUCUUGCUGAAAAUAAUUUUGGUGGUUUAUUACCUAGCACUAUAGUAAAUAUGUCUACCCUUGUCGAUGUAACUUUGGGAACAAACCAAAUGUUUGGUGGAAUUCCAGUAGACAUUGGGAAUCUUGUCAAUCUGUAUGGAUUAGGCAUGGAACAAAACCUUUUCUCUGGCAACAUUCCCAUUUCUUUGGGGAAGCUUCAAAAGCUGCAAUCAUUGAAUUUGCAUACAAACAUGUUGUCAGGACAAAUCACUCCAUCCCUAGGUAACAUUACCCAGCUAUAUAAGCUUUGGUUAGGAAGAAACAAAUUAGAAGGGAACAUACCAUCAAGUAUCGCUCAAUGCCAAAAUCUGCAAACUCUGGAUUUAGGAAAAAAUAACCUGACUGGCAUCGUACCCCAUCAAAUUCUUGGUCUGUCAUUUCUAUCCCUAAUUCUUAUCUUGUCAUAUAACUCAUUGGAAGGUUCGUUGCCUCGAGAGGUUGGCCACCUAAAAAAUAUUGGUGCAUUAGAUGUCUCGGAAAACAAACUGUCUGGGGAAAUUCCUGGAACAAUAGGGGAAUGUUUGAGUCUAGGAAUCCUUUACAUGCAGGGUAACUUUCUCCAAGGGCCCAUUCCUUCAUCCCUUGCUUCCUUACGGGGUCUCCAAUUCUUAGACCUGUCAAGAAACAAUUUAUCAGGAAAGAUUCCAAAAGAGAUAGAAAAGCUUCCUUUUUUGAAAUAUCUGAAUCUCUCUUUCAAUAAUCUUGAGGGUGAGGUACCAACCAAGGGAGUGUUCAGCAAUAUAACGGCAGCUUCACUUCUUGGAAACAAAUAUCUUUGUGGAGGUAUCCCAGAAUUGCAGCUACCAGCAUGCCUCAUAAAGCGAAAGAAACACAAAAAGUCUCCUAUUGCCAUUGUCCUUUCAACAAUCAUCAGUUCAAUUGUCCUUGUCAUGGUGAUAACAUCUUUAAGGGUUUUGUGCUGGAGAAAAUCAAGAAAGAAUCCAUUAUCCAGUCCUUUUAGUUUGGUUAAGCUCCUUCGAAUUUCCUAUAAGGAGCUUCACCAAGCAACUCAGGGAUUCUCUUCAGAAAACUUAAUUGGACAAGGUAGUUUUGGCUCUGUAUAUAGAGGAAGUCUUGAUCUACAUGGUGAAAGGAUAGUUGCUGUGAAGGUACUCAACCUUCAACAACAUGGAGCAUCCAAGAGCUUCAUUGCUGAGUGCAGAGCAUUGCGGAACAUCAGGCACCGAAAUCUGGUGAAGAUCUUGACAUACUGCUCAAGCAUUGAUUUUAAAGGCAAUGACUUCAAAGCUCUUGUGCUUGAUUUCAUGGUGAAUGGAAGUUUAGAAAUGUGGUUGCAUCCAAAUGAAGAUGGUAGUAGCCAGCCAAGGAAUUUAAACCUUCUUCAAAGGCUUCAGAUUGCCAUUGAUUUGUCAUCUGCAUUGCAUUACCUUCAUGACCUUUGUGAAACACCAAUCAUUCACUGCGACCUGAAGCCAAGCAAUAUUCUGCUUGACAAUGACAUGACUGCUCAUGUUGGUGAUUUCGGAUUAGCAAGGCUUCUUUCCAAAACCUCAAGCAACUCUUCUCAAGACCAAACAAGCUCCAUUGGGAUAAGGGGAACAAUCGGCUAUAUGCCUCCAGAAUAUGGAAUAGGUGGCGAGCCCACAACAUAUGGGGAUGUGUAUAGCUUUGGAAUAAUUUUGUUGGAGAUAUUCACAGGACGGAGACCAAUUGAUGAAGUGUUCAGAGAUGGUUUGAAUCUCCACAACUUUGUUAGGUCUAAGCUACCGGGACAAGUAAUGCAGGUUCUCGAUCCCAAGCUUAUUGCAAUAGGAGAAGUGGGAGCAGAAUAAUUUGUUGAAGACAAUGAGAGUGAUGAUGGUCAAACAGAAAUCCAAGAAAAUAAUGUCAAUAUGGAAAAUAUGAAAUUACAAGAAAGCAAUGUGCAAAAAUGUGUUAUCAGUCCUCAAAACAGGAGUCGCAUGCUCGGCAGAACUACCAGGAGAUCGAAUGAAUAUGAUCGAUGUCACAAGAAAAUUAAACAUUAUCACAGAGGCUUUCCUUCGUGCAAGGAUAGAGAACGACAAAUCGCAAACCACUAUUAGGUAUGAGUUUUUUUUUUUUUUUUUAACACACAUUCUGAUCGAUGAAUCUUAUAUUAUCUUCAUAUUUGCUUAGCCCAAAGGCUACUUUGAUCAUUUGGAUAUUGCAGGAAUACGCUGUGGCAUUCAAGCAUCUAGGCCCCCACUAACCUGAGCUUUUGGAUCUCACUCAAUUUCAACAAUAAAUGUUCUAUGACCAUCAAUCUUCAGCAGAAAAUCCUCAAGUUCUACCUCGUUAACCGUUUUCUAAUCGUUUCUUUCAACUAAAUUUAAAAUCAGAAUGUGCAAAUCAAUAACUAAAUUUCUUUUGUUUGUGAUUAUGUUGUUGGUGAAAACAAAAAUUUCAUUCCCUUUAGAAAAGGAAGUGAAAGCAAAUUUCUUGGAAA